AAGGACGCCUUUGGAGCCAAGGCAAAGGACGGCAAGUUUUUGGUUAGAUCGUUGAAUGAAGAGAUGAACACUAUCUUGGAGAAGGGGCUUAAAAAUACGGAUGAAUCAGAGCAGCCAUCGGGGAUGGUCAGCGGUUUCUUCCAGAAGUACGUCACCGGUGGGAAAACCAUCACCAAAGACGACAUGAACAGCAUCUCGCAAAAGAUCUUGAAUCACUUGAUUGCGAAGAAUAUCACCCAGGAAACGGCCAACAAGUUGGUGGCCAAGAUCCAGGAGAAGUUGGUUGGCUCCAAGACCCCGUCAUUUACCUCCCUCAAUACAAUCUUCAAGAGCGCGCUAAACGAGGAGUUGACCAAGAUUUUGUCACCAACAAUCUCGGUUGACUUACUUAAUGACAUCAAGAAGCAUUUGCGGGAGAAACCGGGCCAACCGUAUGUGUUGGCAGUCGUGGGGGUGAACGGGGUUGGGAAGUCAACCAACUUGUCCAAGAUUGCAUACUGGCUCUUGCAAAAUGACUACAGGGUCUUGAUCACCGCUUGUGACACUUUCAGAUCUGGAGCAGUCCAGCAGUUGAAAGUACAUGUGGAUAACUUGAAGCUGGCGACAUGUCUGGAGGACGGAGAGGCACGGAUCGAGUUGUUUGAGAAGGGCUACGGUGACGCCUCGUUGGUCACCAAGGUUGCUAAGGCUUCGAUCGAGUAUGCAUCAAAGAACGACUUCCAGAUUGUGUUGAUGGAUACCGCGGGGAGAGCCCACACCAACGACCAGUUGAUGGCGUCGUUGUUGGCCUUUGGAAAUGCUGCCAACCCAAAUAAGAUUAUCAUGGUCGGUGAGGCGUUGACCGGGAACGAUUCGGUCGCCCAGGCGCAGAACUUCAACAAGGCGUUUGGCAGCAAGCGGCACAUUGAUUUCUUCUUGGUGUCGAAGUGCGACACUGUGGACAAGAGUAUCGGCACCAUUGUGAACUUGGUCACCUCUAUUGGUGCUCCUGUGUUGUUCGUGGGUGUUGGUCAGACAUACACCGAUCUCAGAACGCUAUCCGUGGACUGGGCCGUUAAUUUGUUAAUG